CCCGGCCAUGCCCCUCCAUGAACCAACACAGCCCCGGCGACGUCCCUGACUAGAAGACGUAAGCCACAGACAGCGGCUGACCGUCUCCUUCGGGAGUAACCCCCCGUGCCUUCUCCUAGACCACACAACUGUGCCAAAACGUGGCUUUUAUAAGGGACCAGAAGAGAGAGCAGUGACUUACCCACUAUCUGGGGAGCUGGAAACACCCACAGCGGAGGGGACUCCUCCCAGAGGAAGGCCAGGAGGGCAGCGUUUGCAGAAAAGGCCAUGUUCCGUCUGAAGACGUUGCCUCUCCUGAUCCUCCUGUCCGUGCGGCUCUCCCAGGCCUUCCCAGUCCCUGGGGGGUCCCCAGAAGAGACGGACGCACAAGUCGUUCAGGAUUACCUAGAAAAGUUCUACCAGUUACCGAGGACAGGACUGCGGUCGCAGAGGCAGAACAGCCCUAGCGUGAUCGUUGAGAAGCUCAAAGAGAUGCAGCGUUUCUUCGGGCUGAGCGAGACGGGGAAGCCAGACCGGCAGACGCUGGCGGUGAUGCGGGAACCUCGCUGCGGGGUGCCCGACAGCGGGGACUUCAUGCUGACCCCCGGAAACCCCAAGUGGGAACAAACCAACCUGACCUACAGGAUUAUUAAGUACACCACACAGUUGUCAGAGGCCGAUGUGGAGGAGGCUAUUAAGAAAGCCUUUCAAGUGUGGAGCAAUGCAUCAUCCCUGACCUUCACCAAGACCUCGCAGGGAGAAGCAGACAUCAAGAUCUCUUUUGUCCAAGGAGAUCAUGGCGACAAUUCUCCAUUUGAUGGACCCAAUGGGAUCCUGGCUCAUGCCUUCCAGCCGGGCCAAGGUAUUGGAGGAGACGCGCACUUCGAUGAAGACGAAAUAUGGACCAUAAAUUCCAGCAGUUACAAUCUGUUCCUCGUCGCCGCCCAUGAAUUUGGCCACUCCUUGGGGCUCGCACACUCCACGGACCCCGGAGCCUUGAUGUACCCCAACUACGCCUUCCGUGACCCCAGCACCUACACCCUCCCCCAGGACGACAUCGACGGCAUCCAGGCCAUCUACGGUCCUUCAAACAACCCCGUCCAACCAACUGGACCGACCACGCCCACAGCCUGCGACCCCAGACUGACGUUUGAUGCUAUCACCACACUCCGUGGAGAAAUACUAUUCUUCAAAGACAAGUACUUCUGGAGGAGACACCCUCAGCUGAGAAGAGUCGAACUCAACUUCAUCUCCCUCUUCUGGCCGUCCCUGCCGGACGGCAUACAGGCAGCCUAUGAGGAUGUGGACGAGGACCUCGUUUUCCUAUUUAAAGGUAGCCAGUACUGGGCUCUGAAUGGCUAUGACAUCAAGCAAGGUUAUCCCAGGGACAUCUCAGACCACGGCUUCCCAAGCAGCGUACGAGCGAUCGAUGCAGCUGUUUACUACAGGAGAAAGACCUACUUCUUCGUAAACGACCAGAUCUGGAGAUAUGAUAACCAAAGACAAUCCAUGGAACCAGGUUAUCCCAAAGCCAUAGCGAGUAUCUUUCCAGGAAUAGAAAUCAGAGUUGAUGCGGUUUUCCAGCAGGAUCAUGUUUUCUUUUUCUUCAGUGGACCAAGAUAUUACGCGUUCGACCUUGGUGCUCACAGGGUCAUCAGGAUCGGCAGAAGCCAGCGAUGGCUCAACUGCUGA